AUGGGGAUCGAUACUGAUACGGUUAAAGAUGGAUCUACUUCUACUGAAAUUGUCAACGCUGGUGAAAUGGAAUCAGAAUCAAAUAACAUUGAUACGCUUGAAGUUAUCUCGUCUAGUGGAGAUAUUACCCAACAGAUAAGAAGUUCUGCAGAGAUUUUGACGACACUCGAACUAGAUUUAGCAUGUUCCUCAGAGAAGUUGGUUAACUUAUCCUUACUUGUUAUGUAUGUGGAAGCAAGGGAAGAUGAUUUUGAGGCUUUUGUUUUGGAUGAAAAAUCUACGCCUGAAGGUUCUGGUGAAAAGGCACUUGAAUUCGAUCUUUUAUCUGAGAUUUUGGACUCUGAGGUCAAAGAGCUGAGUAAUUUUCUAUCCUCUCUUCAGACGGAGAUUCUAAGUUCCCAAGGGGUUAUAUCUUCAUUUGAGCAGUUUGGUGAAGCUUUUAAGGGAAUGGAAGAAAAGUUGUAUGAUUGUGAGGAAUACUUGAAGCAGUCAUUUGAGCGGGCCACAGAAAUACAGAAACAAUCUUCCAGCUUCAAAAGGACCUUGUUGACUUCUGCCAUAGAUGAAAAUUGGAAGGGCAAUAAAGAGGUGGUGAGUUUUGAGAAUGGUGUUCUUUUACGCCAAAAUACAAAGAUAAAAAUGAAGACUGUGGAAGAGCAGAGAAAAAUUUUGCAGAUGCUUGAGAAGUCUUUGGCCAGAGAAUUAGAUCUUGAGAAGAAGCUCAGUGAGUUUACACAAAUUGAAGAAGAUUUAAAUAUUAAGUUGCAACAAGAAGUUUUCUGCAUAGAAGAAGAAGUUGAAGUUACCUCGGAAAGAUUGUUUGAGGCAGAAAAUACUGCUGAAAUCCUGUCUGGGAUUUCAAAAGAUCUACUGGGACAAGUCCAGAUUUUACAGUUCAAUCUUAAUGGUUCAAUCCAGAGAGAAGAGGUAUUGAGAUCUAAAUUUCAAGAUAUAAAUGAACAGUUGAAAGAUAAAGACCAUGCUUUGCAGAACUCAGAGAGCGCCAGGAGUGAACUCAUGGAAAAGGUGACUUCACUCGAACAGAAACUGAAAGAUUUUAUGUCUCAGUUGAAUACAGUGAAGGAUUCUUCCGACAAAAAUGAAGAGUUAUCCACUAAGAUUCUUGAAAAUGAAAAUAUAGUUAAUGAAUGGAAGGAAAAAGCUUAUGAUGCAGAACAGAGGUCUGCGAGUGCUGAAGCUGAGUGUAAAUUGCUUAGAGAGUCUAAUGUGGGUCUUAAUAAAGACCUUUGUAUCCUUAAGAGUAGCAUUACUAUUUCAGAUGAGAGAGUGGAAGAGCUUGAGAGAAAGUUGAAGGACUCCGAAAUUAGGCAACAGCAUGCAGUGGCAUUUGCUGAAGCUAGUCAGGAGAAGCAAAGCAUGUUAGAUUGCACGAUCAAGGAUAUGGAAAAUUUAAUAGAAAGUCUGAAAUCAAAGGUUUCAAAAGCUGAAAGUCACACUGAGAGUGCUGAAGAAAAGUGUAUCAUAUUGUCAGAGUCGAAUGCCGAUCUCAUCGAAAGAAUAAAUUUUCUAAUGAGUAGAACAGAAGACUUGGAGGCAUCUUUACAUCAGGCUGAGGAAGCGAAAAAGGAAACUGCAAAGGACAUUUGUGUUCGCACCAAAUUUAUAGCAGAUUUAGUUGUGCAGUUGGCUCUUGAAAGAGAACGCCUUCAUAAGCAGAUUUUAUCAUUAGUGAAGGAUAAAAAAAUUGCAGUAAAGCAUUCGCGGCAAAUGUGUGAGAAUCCCACAGUUUCCACAAGUGUGAAUUCCAAAGGAAAUACCAAAGAAUCUUUGCUUUCCGAGAAUGACUCUAGAAAUGCAACUUCUGCUGAAGAAAGUAAUGAGCAAACAACUGAGUCUUUAGCUACCAGUCAUGAGACGGGCAAUAAGUUUGCAGACACGCCUACAAGCGAGACGAAGACGGAGCAUGCUGAUUCCAUCUCCAAGCUCGUGACAGUAAGGAAUAUAGACGCAAACAUGCUCAACUUCAAGUACAUCCUCGUGGCACUUGGUGUAGUGCUGAUUUCAUCUUUUGCUGCAGCUUAUUUGUUUCAACAUUAG